AUGGGGUCCAAGGGGAUCCUCAAGAACAGCGGCUCCGGCAAGCCGCCGACCGCGCCAACAUCAGGACCGCAGGUCGUCUUUGGGCGGCGAACCGAGUCUGGGCGGUUCAUCAGCUACUCGCGCGACGACCUCGACUCUGAGAUCAGCAGUGUCGACUUCCAGGACUACCAUGUCCACCUCCCCAUGACGCCGGAUAACCAGCCCAUGGAGGAUGGCAAGGCUGACGAGCAGUACGUCUCCAGCUCCCUCUUCACCGGCGGCUUCAACAGCGUCACUCGCGCCCAUGUCAUGGACAAGCAGGGGCCCGACACCGAAAUGGGUCGUCGUGGCCCCAAGGGCUCAACCUGCAUGGUCGAGGGGUGCGACAGCAAGAUCAUGCGCAAUGGCCGCGGAGAGGACAUCCUCCCCUGCGAGUGUGACUUCAAAAUCUGCGUCGACUGCUUCACCGACGCUGUCAAGGGUAACGGCGGUGUCUGCCCCGGGUGCAAAGAGCUUUACAAGUACACCGACUGGGAGGAAGUCCUCUCCAACUCCAACAAUGAGCUGACAAGGGCUCUGUCGCUGCCACAAGGACCAGGGGGAAAGAUGGAGAGGCGCCUGUCUCUGGUGAAGCAGGGCACCAACCAGUCUGGUGAAUUUGACCAUAACCGCUGGCUCUUCGAGACCAAGGGGACGUAUGGCUAUGGUAAUGCCAUUUGGCCAGACGACAAUGUGGAUGAUGAUGCUGGGAAUGGGAUGCAAGGGCAUCCCAAGGAGCUCAUGACCAAACCAUGGCGGCCACUCACCCGCAAGCUCCAGAUUCCAGCUGGUGUCAUCAGUCCUUACAGGCUUCUUGUUCUCAUCCGCUUGGUUGCACUGGCCUUCUUCCUCAUGUGGCGUAUUAAGCAUGUUAAUAAUGAUGCUAUCUGGCUCUGGGGAAUGUCAAUUGUUUGUGAGCUCUGGUUCGCAUUUUCAUGGGUGUUAGACCAGCUUCCAAAGCUUUGUCCUAUUAACCGUGCUACAGAUCUCUCUGUGCUUAAGGAAAAAUUUGAGACACCAACACCCAACAAUCCAACAGGCAAAUCUGAUCUCCCAGGAAUUGAUAUCUUCGUGUCAACUGCUGAUCCAGAGAAGGAGCCAGUCCUGGUCACAGCGAACACAAUUCUCUCCAUCCUUGCAGUUGACUACCCUGUCGAUAAGCUUGCAUGUUAUGUGUCAGAUGAUGGGGGAGCAUUGCUAACCUUCGAGGCGAUGGCUGAAGCAGCAAGCUUUGCUAAUCUCUGGGUGCCAUUCUGCAGGAAGCAUGACAUUGAACCAAGGAAUCCAGACAGCUACUUCAACCUGAAGAGAGAUCCUUUCAAGAAUAAGGUGAAGGCCGACUUUGUCAAGGACAGGAGAAGGGUCAAGCGUGAGUAUGACGAGUUCAAGGUCCGUGUUAAUGGCUUGCCAGAUGCCAUUCGGCGCCGUUCUGAUGCAUACCAUGCCCGCGAGGAAAUCCAGGCAAUGAACCUUCAGAGGGAAAAGAUAAAAGCUGGAGGCGAUGAGCAAUUUCAGCCAGUGAAGAUUCCCAAGGCAACAUGGAUGGCUGAUAGCACUCACUGGCCUGGUACAUGGCUUCAUUCGUCACAAGAUCAUGCACGAGGAGAUCAUGCAGGAAUCAUACAGGUUAUGCUGAAACCACCAAGGGACAUGCCAAUGUAUGGGAACAUUGAAAAGUCAUCUCUUGACUUUUCAGCAGUGGAUACAAGACUUCCAAUGCUGGUGUACAUGUCACGAGAGAAACGUCCGGGAUAUGAUCACAACAAGAAAGCAGGUGCCAUGAACGCAUUAGUUCGUGCAUCUGCCAUCAUGUCGAAUGGUCCCUUCAUUCUUAAUCUUGACUGUGAUCACUACGUCUACAACUCAAAGGCCUUCAGGGAGGGCAUGUGCUUCAUGAUGGACCGUGGUGGUGACCGCUUGUGCUACGUGCAGUUCCCUCAGCGGUUUGAAGGAAUUGACCCUUCUGACCGAUAUGCUAACCACAAUACUGUUUUCUUUGAUAUCAACAUGCGUGCUCUUGAUGGUCUGCAAGGACCAGUGUAUGUUGGUACUGGAUGCCUCUUCCGCCGAAUUGCCUUAUAUGGUUUUGACCCACCUCGUUCCAAGGAUCACAGCCCAGGCUUUUGUGGUUGCUGCCUCCCACGACGCCGCAAGACAUCUGCUUCCAAUGCUAACCCCGAGGAGACAAUGGCUCUCCGUAUGGGUGAUUUUGAUGGGGACAGCAUGAACCUUGCCACAUUCCCGAAGAAGUUCGGAAAUUCAAGCUUUCUGAUUGACUCCAUCCCAGUAGCAGAGUUCCAGGGAAGGCCCUUGGCUGAUCAUCCAUCUGUCAAGAAUGGGCGUCCACCUGGUGCUCUAACAAUUCCACGUGAACUACUGGAUGCAUCCAUUGUGGCAGAAGCAAUCAGUGUGGUUUCAUGCUGGUAUGAGGAGAAGACAGAGUGGGGCAUUCGUGUGGGGUGGAUUUAUGGAUCUGUCACUGAGGAUGUUGUGACAGGGUACCGUAUGCAUAAUCGUGGAUGGAAGUCAGUGUACUGUGUCACGCAGCGUGAUGCCUUCCGUGGUACCGCCCCUAUCAAUCUCACAGAUCGCCUUCACCAGGUGCUUCGGUGGGCUACUGGUUCUGUCGAGAUCUUUUUCUCUCGAAACAAUGCAUUGCUUGCCAGUUCCAAAAUGAAGGUACUACAAAGGAUCGCAUACCUCAAUGUUGGCAUAUACCCCUUCACAUCCAUCUUCCUCAUUGUAUACUGCUUCCUUCCAGCACUCUCCCUUUUCUCAGGGCAGUUCAUUGUGCAAACACUCAAUGUCACCUUCCUGGUAUACCUACUUAUCAUCACUGUCACACUAUGUCUCCUGGCCAUGUUGGAGAUCAAGUGGUCUGGGAUUGCACUUGAAGAGUGGUGGAGGAAUGAACAAUUCUGGCUUAUUGGUGGAACUAGUGCUCACCUAGCUGCAGUUAUGCAAGGGUUACUGAAAGUUGUUGCAGGGAUUGAGAUCUCAUUCACACUCACAUCAAAGACAGUGAGCGAUGAUGUGGAUGAUGAAUUUGCAGACCUCUAUGAAGUGAAGUGGACUUCAUUGAUGAUACCACCUCUCACGAUCAUCAUGAUCAACCUUGUUGCUAUUGCUGUUGGCUUCAGCCGGACAAUUUACAGCACAAUUCCUCAAUGGAGCAAGCUUCUUGGUGGAGUGUUUUUCAGCUUCUGGGUGCUUGCCCAUUUAUAUCCAUUUGCAAAGGGGCUCAUGGGCAGGAGAGGCAGGACACCCACCAUUGUGUAUGUCUGGGCUGGACUAGUUUCCAUCACUAUUUCAUUGCUCUGGAUCGCAAUCAAUCCUCCAUCAGCAGCUGCCAACUCACAGUUAGGUGGUGGGUCAUUCACUUUCCCUUGACCCAAUUCAUGCUGAAGCUUCAUAGCUCUUGUUGGAUUCGCAGACUAGUUGCCAAAGACAAUAGUACAACAUGAAGAACAGUUUGCAGCAGGCCAGAAGAGCACCAUAUGAACCACAUUCUGCAUUACAUGGUGGGUUCAUCUGCAGUUGAAUCCAGAUCAUGUUCGUCACAACAAUUGAUAUAGGAUUAUCUCUAGCGUACUAUCACUAUUUUUGCCUCUUUCUGAUUUUUUUCCCUAAAUUUUUUGUAAAGCUUGCUUUGG